GAAGCAGGAAGUCGGCUAAUACCGAGACUGUGGUGGUCUUAUGCGGGAGUAAGUCACAAGUAGGCUACAUGUGUUGUAGCUGACCACUCAGACCAGACCACAAAAAAUGUAUUCAUGUAAAUGAUUGAUAUCAGAGUUCGUCUCUUUCAGUGGGCUGGUCUUAAUUCAAACAAGGAAGCUGCUCCAGCAUUGUUGUUGCCGCGCGGAAAUGUGAAAACAGUUUGCCGUUUAACCGGAGAGGGUUACGGCGGUUUAACGAUAGAGAUUAGCAGUGGACCACAUCCAUAACAAAAAUGAUAAUUUACCUACUCAUAACGGUUGUGUUCGUUGCUGUUUAUCCAGUCCAAACGUUAGACAAUGGCCUUGCCCUGACCCCUACAAUGGGAUGGUUGCACUGGGAGAGAUUCAUGUGCAACACUGAUUGUGCCACGGACCCUCAUAACUGCAUAAGGGAGGAGCUGUACAUGCAGAUGGCGGACGUGAUGGUGAAGGAGGGUUGGCUGGAGGCGGGCUAUGAGUAUGUGUGCAUAGACGACUGUUGGCCCCUUCACCAGCGGGAUCCCCAGGGACGCCUGCAAGCCGACCCCAAGAGGUUCCCCAGCGGCAUCAAGAAGCUGGCCGACUACGUUCAUUCUAAGGGUUUAAAACUGGGAAUCUAUGCUGAUGUGGGGUCCAAGACUUGUGCUGGCUACCCUGGCAGCCUAGGUCACUACGAAACUGAUGCCAAAACCUUUGCUGAAUGGGGUGUGGAUUUGUUGAAGUUCGAUGGCUGCUAUAUGAACUGGACUAUGCUCGGAGAAGGUUAUAAGAAUAUGUCCAGAGCUUUGAAUCAAACGGGAAGAAGCAUUGUUUACUCCUGCGAGUGGCCACUGUACGAGUGGCCGUAUCACGAGCCAAAUUACACAGCGAUUAGGGAGACUUGCAACCACUGGAGAAACUUUGCAGACGUGUACGACUCAUGGAGUAGCAUUAAAACCAUUCUGGACUGGACAGCAACCAAUCAGAGGAUCCUCACCCCGGCUGCAGGACCCGGCGGGUGGAACGACCCAGAUAUGCUGGUCAUUGGAAACUUUGGGCUGAGCCAUAACCAGCAGCAGUCUCAGAUAGCCCUGUGGGCCAUCAUGGCCGCCCCGUUGCUGAUGUCCAAUGACCUGCGAGACAUCUGUCCCAAGUCCAAAGAGCUGCUGCAGAACCGGAGGAUCAUCGCCAUCAACCAGGAUCCUCUGGGGAAACAGGGCAACCGGACGGGAGUGGUGGACCAAUUUGAGAUAUGGGAGCGUCCUCUAUCCGGAGCCAGGCUGGCCCUGGCCAUCCUCAACAGACAGGAGAUCGGAGGACCGCGAGGGUUCCCCCUCACACUGGCUACUCUGCCCAAUUACCAGUACUGCAACCCCACGUGUAACGUCACACAGAUCCUGCCCGUGUACCAGGAGCUGGGGGUCCAGGGUCUCUUCACUAAGCUGGUGCUGAAGAUCAACCCCUCAGGCACAGCGCUACUGACCGUACGUCACAUUCAGGACUAGUGCUGCAGCGAACGGUUAUUUUCAUAGGUUGAUUAAUCUGAUUGUUUGAGAUUAAAUGAUUAAGUGUUUCAUAAAAUAUCAGGAAAUGGUGGGGAAAAAAAAAAAUCAAUUUUCCUAAAGCCUGAGAAGGUCCUAAAAUGCUCUACAAUGCUCAUCCUCUUGCCAAAAAAGUUUACAAACAUGGAACAUUUUCAUCUUUACUUUUCUAAGUUCAAAAAGCUGCCAUUAGAGGAUUGAGAUUUUCCUUAAAAGUGACACUUGCUAAAUAGUUAAUUUCUGGGUGACAAUAGUUGACAAUUGAGUUCUUUAAAGUGCUUUUCAGGAAGCGAAGAUUAAGGGUCAAACAGACACAAGCACUUUACAUCAUGGGAGUUUUUCCACUUACACUUGUAUGUCUAACAAGACUACCCAGCUGUAACUAGGGCACCACAAUAGACUACAGUCACAAAAUGCUUAAUAUAACCUCUACGAAGCCCAUUUGAUGGUAAACAAAAUUGUAAUAGGCGAAUCGUUCACCUUGUGUGGCUGUACAGCAUAGAUGUAGCGAGUCGCUAAACUGAGGAAACCAGCAAGCAACUUCAAGAACGGCAGUCCGACAAAUCUUGCAAGAAACGUGAACAUGACCUUGUCGGCAAAUUCCAAAUUAGACAUUUGGACUUUUCCCCAAAUUGUGCAGCCCUAGUUGUAACAGGUUUAUGCCCUAAGUGCAUACAGCAACAGAUAGCUUGAAAGGUUAGCUAGGUGUGUACGCCUGUUGUAAAAUGUUUGAGCCACAUGUACCAUUGGUCAUCUAUAUGGACAGGCAAUGUGAACAGGCUGAAGGAUGUUGCUGAAAUCUACAUGCCGUCUCACAUCCAUACUUUGCUUUUGGGAGAGCAAUUAGAACAAUAUGUUGUCUAUUAUUAAAUGUAAUUUGCUUCUAUCAAACUCAAAUGAAUUGAGAAGCCUCUUGCCACUCUGAAAAAACUUGAAAUGAAUCAUGGAAAUGGCAUCACAAAACUUGAAGGGGCCAUUCACUUUGUCCCAGAUUUCAUAAUGUACUCCACAGGUUCACACUGAAAUCAGACAGAUGCUUCAGUAACCUAUCUGCUGAUAAACCAUUCUCUGUAAAUAAAUCCAUCAGUCUUUA